GUUUCAUGAUAUUUUUAUUCCAAAAAAAGUUUUGUAUGUCAUGCUUAAUGUAUUUGCAUUGGUGUAUGCACUCAUAUAAUCAACAUAAUUGAAAUGUUUGGUGUUCUUUUACAUGACAACUUUCAUAACCUGAAAUAAACUGGAGAAAAGUCAGAAAAUAUUUCUACCCACCAUUCAUCAGAGUAACUUCUCUAAGUAGAUAAAAUGAAGGUUAAUCAGAAGAAAGGAAGUGCAAAAGGAAAGGGCAAUGUGCAACCCACACCUGGUACUCAAACUAUAACUUCCAUGUUCAAGAAACAAACAGCUUCAUCAAUAAAAAAGGAUUCAAAUUGCAGUCCAGCAAAGAUAUCAAGCAGUGAUGACGAUGUUAUGAUUGUAAAAGUAGAAACAGAAUCGUCAUAUUUCCAGAAAGGCCCUUGUGAUGGAUGUGAGGGAAAUAGAGUUCAGACAAGACGUAGAUUAAGCCUAAAGAAAUCUGUAAGUGCUAGAAGUUCAACAGCUCAUACAAAAACAGAUGCUAAAUGUUCAGGGAAAGUAUCAGAAAAUUCAGGUUCAGCAGAAAUACCUCCUUUGACUCAACCUGAUUGUUUAAAUGAAAAUUCAGAUAAAAAUGAAACUAAAGGAAGAAUUAAUAAAUUAUUAACUGUCAGAUCAUCUGAAGAUAUAGACAUGACAGAUAUUGCUCCAGAGCAGGAUAAAGAUGCCUUGGGAGAAGUAACAGAUGCUAUUGUAAUUGAAUCUUCACAAAAGGAAAACCAAAACAAUCCCGACGACAGCUCUAGAAAAACAAAAAGGAAGUUGAACCUCAGGAAAAGAAAAUCUGAAACUUUGUUGGAAGAAGAAUCUACUAAAAUGAGUAAAACUAAAAAGGAAGGAGUAAAAACUCAUAUGAACAAAUCACAUGAUCAACAUUAUUGUUCUCAUGACAAACAUAAGUCUGAUGAUUCUAUUAAAAUGGAAAUUACUGCUGAAUCUGGUGGCCAGGGGGAGUGUUCUGUAGAAGAUAAACUACCCUCAGACAGAAGUGACAUCAAGACAGAAAAUUGUCACAUGUUGAAUACACCACCAUUUCAAUCAAUUAAAGAAGAACCUUGCACUUCUAAAUCAUCAGAUCCUAAUUUGAUCAAAUCAAAUUCUAACAAAACAAGUGUUGUUGAUGAAAGUUCUCAACAAAAUGAAGAUAUAGACAUUGAUGAGGAUAAGAGUUCAGAAUUUAGGACACCAUACUAUUUAGAGAAUUUUAGAACGGUGUUAACAACUGUUUUUGAAGAUGAGAAUAAUAUAAAGUUAUAUAGUAGUGAGGAUAUGGAUGUUAUUUCAACAUUUAAUGAAUUAUCUGAAACAGCACAGAAGUUGUACUUGAGAUUAUUCUGCAGAAAGUGGGUGUGGCUACCUCUAAGUAAGAUUAAAUACCCCAAGAUAGCAGAGGACUUACAGCCUGUUGUUGAAGAACUUGUGGAGAAAAAAAUGUUAACUGAAGAUAAAGAGUUAAAAGAUCUGAAGAUAGCUUUGAAGUUGUUAUCAGGAGGAGACACAAAGACUUUAGCUAAGAUGUACCACAUCAAUACUGCCAGUCAAAAUAAAGUGGAUAUUACAGACCUUCUGAUGAAAAAGACAAAACAAAAUACUAUAGGUUCUAUGUUCAAAAUUGUAGGGAAUUCUCCAGAAACUCUAAUGUUGAAUAGAGCCAAGAAAUUGCUGGGCACAUGUAUAUGUGUAGCAGAGGAACCAAGGAAGGUAUUCGCCAGGACAUUGAUGCUGUUUUCUUUGACAGAUACUGUAUUGGAUGAGGACAGCUCAGGACAGUCACUUCAAUUGUUUCAGAUGUUAAGAGUAAAUAUUGGACAAGUUACUUACCCUAAAUUCACAGUCAACAAACAGACAAAGAUAUUCCUCGAUAGAGAGGCCUUGCUCAGGUUUUGUGAAGCUUCUCUUCUUGAGUUUGAUAUCCUCACUCAAAUAGAAAGGAACAAAUAUGCAGAUGCCUUCACUAUUUAUGAGGAAGCUGUAAAACAGUAUGAAAGCUUAACCGAAAACAAGCACAUAAUAAAAUUUGAUAAAAAGCUACCUGUGUUUUUACGACCAUACACUGCAUGUGGGGUUUACACAAGGGUCUUUAACCAGGGAGUAGAAAUUUUACAACGAAGAAAAGAUUACCCUGCAGCUGUAGAUCUCCUGAAGAAAUUACUUUCACAGGGUUGUUAUUGUCAACAUUAUAGAGGCCAUUGGUGGGAGAGACUAGCACUCAACUAUGACAUUCAUCUUAAAAAACAAGAUAUGGCACUACAAGCAGUCCAAGAUGGAUUAAAAGAUAAGUUAUGUAAGACUGGAAGAAGACUGGCAUUGUACCAAAGAGCAGAGAAGAUUUGUAACACUGUUAAAUCUAAAUUUAAAUCAAGAAUGAAAGAUUUCCACCAUGAAAAAUUGUUGGAACUACCAGAUGUAACAAUAGAGGGCCAAACAUUAUCUGACAACAUAGAAGGACAGAAGUAUAAGUUUAUGAUCCAGUACAGUCAGGGUAACAGUCAGACAGAUACUGAUGAUAUAGCUUUCUGUUGUGUAGAGGAAGUGGUACUAAAUCACUACAAGCACAAUGGAUUUCCUGAUGGUAUACAUGCUGAAGGUUCUGUGAUAUCUAUCUUGUUUGGUCUGUUUUUCUGGGAUAUCAUGUUUAUGGAUGUUCCAGAUGUAUUCCACAGUCCCUACCAGACACACCCUUUAGAUCUCCACAGAGAAGAGUUCUACUUCAACAGAAAGAAACAUAUAGACGAUCGACUUGAUUUAAUACAAAAAAGUUCUGAUGAGGAGUUAAACAAUAUUGUAGCAAAGACUUGGGAAGAACAUGAAGGUACAAUGUGUUCUGGUCUUAACUGGGAAAGAUUUAAUAAUUUACAGCAUGUACAGGGUUUGGUUGAAUGUAUUGGUGGUAAAAUAUUGUCUGGAAUUCUGGGAAGAUAUGCCAAGGAUCCUCGUCACACACGAUCUGGUUUUCCUGAUCUCACCUUGUGGAAUACAGAAACAAAAGUUUUCAAGAUAUGUGAAGUGAAAGGUCCAAAUGAUAAGCUGUCACAUAAACAGAUCAUGUGGUUAGAUUACCUACUAAAGUUAGGAGUAGAUGCUGAAGUCUGUCAUGUAAAAGCUGUUGGUAGUAAGAAAUUGAAGAAGAUUCCAAGUACAAACUGAUGUGUACACAUGUGUACUGAUGUGUAUUGAUGUAUACAAAAUGUUAUAUGUGCCAUGACAAUACCUCAUUUAACCAGUGCUUCAUAAAAGGGCUUUCAAUUAAAUGUUAUUUUUAAAUAUAGAUUUGUAUAAAAGUUUAAUCUUUGAAA